AUGAUGUCCUCAACAAAUGAGGAGGACCCGUUCCUCCAAGUCCAACAGGAUGUCCUUUCACAAAUGCAGACGGUUCGCCCGCUCUUCGCCUCAUACCUGCGCAUACGCAGCCUAACGAGCAGUUCGACUUCGCCCGAGCUCGCAUCCGCGCGAUCAGACCUCGAACAGGCUCUUGCGACAUUAGCCGAGGAUCUCGCCGACCUGGUAGAAUCCGUGCAAGCGGCCGAGUCGGAUCCAGAGCGAUAUGGGCUGUCUGCCCACGAGGUGACGAGGCGCAAGCGGCUCGUACAGGAAGUUGGGGGCGAGGUAGAGGAUAUGCGCGAGGAGCUAAGCAAAACCGCAACAACAGCGUCGGGCCCCAAGACACCAUCUGCCGCAGGGCGCGCAGCUAGGGCAGCGGCCAAUGGGGACCUACCACCGCCGAGCGCGUUUGCUAUCGAUGAGGGGGGAGAGGGGGCCGAGGAUAACUAUGCCGAGUUCGAGCACCGUCAACAGUUACAGAUGAUGCGCGAUCAGGACGAGCAGCUAGACGGUGUUUUUGUUACAGUAGGGAAUCUAAGGAGACAGGCUGAUGACAUGGGCCGGGAGCUUGAGGAGCAGGUUGAGAUGCUCGAGACGGUGGAUACCUUGGCGGACCGCGUCGGCAGCCGUCUGCAGACGGGCAUGCAGAAGCUAGGGUACGUCAUGAGGAAAAACGAGGAUCGGUAUAGUAGCUGUUGUAUCGCGGUCCUCAUUAUGGUUUUGAUUAUACUGCUGGUACUACUAUUAGUGUUAUAG